CCUCAACAUGUCCGCAGAAAUUCCACUUUACUUGAAGCGCUUCAUGGAACAGCGUUCAGAUCUUCUAGUCAGUCAAAACACGGAGCCUUCAGAAGGAGAUACCACAACGUUAUUCGAUACCACGUACGGGUUGAGAGUGACAAAAACCGAGCAGGACGGAGGCAUAUGGUUCAAUUUCAGUCUCGUUCCAUCGCCCGCCAGCAUCAAUUCCCACCCCGAGGGAAAAGAUGACUUCUAUGAUAUUAACCCAAUGUGGGAUACACCGUACUUAACUGAAGGGAGCGGGAACCCUUGGGGAAUGAGUUCGGCUGAAAUCAAUCGCCGCUUUCCUAACAUCGCUGACGAUUUUGACGAUUGGAGACUGAGCCGCGAGAAUGCUAUGGGUAUGCAGAUGUGGGACCCCGACCCAGAGGUUGUGGACCGGGCUGUCGAGGAUGAUGUAGGCGAGAUGGUUUGGAAGAUCGAAGGAUUUCUAAUGGCAUGCUGGAUGGCCCUACAGCCCGACGUGCUAGGCGUUGGUUAUAAAACGGUCUCUGAAAUAUACCUUCUCCGCAAGGACGACAACGACAUGGACUUGGAGUUUCAAGAACUCAUCAACAGCGAAAUUGAGCCAUGGGAAGCUUUAAGUGCAUGGGUAGAAUACUAA